UUUAAGAAGCAACAAAUCCGGACCAUCCAAAUUAAAUCCAACGGUGUUCCACUAACUCAUUCGGCUAGCCACUUCAUAGAAUUCAACAACUCCAAUUUCGUUUCGAGAUAAAUCGAAAGGUCCAAAUUUUUUUGAUCCAAAGCUCCGGACGGAUCCCGAUUCCACACUUGACAACAAUGGAAAAUCACGGAUAUCCACCGCAGCAUGCCACCAUCCUCCUUGUCAAAUGACUACGAGACCGUACAGUCGCUGGGCAGCACAACCUGGACCCACACAAUUCAAUCCCACAAGCAUCUCUCUCCCCUUCUCUCUCCCCUUCGCUCUCUCUCUCUCUCGAUCUUCCCAGCAAGACAAGAAGUCCACAAACUAUAUCGGCCUCAGAGUCAGUUGAACUUUUGGGUUUUUGGGGUGGAGGAGGGCAGAGUAAAAAACUGCACCGCACAGUCAGUUCAAUUUUGCGAAUCGGAUUAUAUCGGAAAAUGGCGUCUUGCGUAUCGGACACGGCUCGGUCCCUCUCCUGCCGAGACGGACGCGCCGCCGCGCACCUCAAGCUAAUCUCAAUCGCCGUCAUCUUCGUCACCAGCGUCGUCGGCAUAUCGUCCCCCGUCCUCCUCUCCCGCUACUUCCAAGGCAAGCCCGCGUACGACAAAGCCACGCUCGUCAUCAAGUGCUUCGCCGCUGGCGUCAUCCUCUCCACGUCCCUCGUCCACGUCCUCCCCGACGCCUUCCUCGCCCUCUCCGACUGCCGCGUGUCAUCCCACCACCCCUGGAAGGACUACCCCUUCUCGGGGCUCGUCACCAUGAUCGGCGCUUUAAUCGCCCUCCUCGUCGACCUCACCGCCACCUCCCACAUGGAGUCCCACUCCGCCGUCGGUGGCCACGGUCACGGCGGAUACGAGGUGGUGCCUGUGGGGGCGCGGGAGGAAUUGGUGGGGAAGAAUAGCAAUCUGAAGGGUAAGAAUAGCAAACUGGCGAUGGAUGUGGAGGUGGCGGUGGCGGUGGGUGUGGAGAGUAAUAGUGGUGGGGGUAGUGAGGAAAUAUUGAUCCGGAUGAAGCAGCGGCUGGUUUCGCAGGUGUUGGAAAUCGGGAUUAUUUUCCACUCGGUGAUAAUUGGGGUGACGAUGGGGAUGUCGCAGAACCAGUGCACCAUCCGGCCGUUGGUCGCUGCGCUGUCGUUUCAUCAGAUUUUCGAAGGGAUGGGACUCGGAGGAUGCAUUGCUCAGGCAGGAUUUAAGUUUGGGACAACAGCCUACAUGUGCUUCAUGUUUGCAGUGACAACUCCAAUGGGGAUAGUAUUGGGGAUGAUCUUAUUCUCUGUGACAGGUUAUGACGAUAGUAACCCUAAAGCCCUAAUCUUGGAGGGUUUGUUGGGCUCCUUCUCCUCGGGCAUACUUAUCUACAUGGCUCUGGUCGAUCUCAUUGCUCUCGAUUUCUUCCACAACAAGAUGAUGAGCUCUAACUCAUGGCUGCGGAAAACGUCGUUCAUCGCUCUUGUUCUUGGCUCUACCUCCAUGUCCAUCCUUGCCCUUUGGGCAUAGAAUUUGCCCUAGUAGCACACUGUUGUAAUCACAUCUCCAUUUGGAUCUUUGUAAGAAGAAGUAGAGGAACGAAAUCGAGAAUGUUAACAUCAAUUGGGCGAUUGGGUUCUACCUCUAUGAGUUAUAUAAGAUGGGUUCCAAAAAUUAACAAUAUAUGUUGUUCUCGCAUCAAA